GUCUGACCGGCUCCUGGUGAGGAGCAAGCAGGAGGAGGAAGAGGAGGAGGAGGACAGCAGCAGCGAUCACCCUGCAAACCCAACACCAAUCACCCCUGCGUGGCAACCUUUUCAGAUUUCUCCCCACCCCACCUUGUGACAGGAGGAGGGUUGGGGGUGUGCAGACAGACAGAGAGAGAGAGCUCCCCUUCCCCAUCACUUCGAACCAGCCAAACUUUCCCAUUUUUGUACCCCCCCCCCAUAUCUCCCCAUCAUCACCUCCACCAGACAAGAAUUAGCUCUUUGGAUGGAGAGAUUGCAAGUUGUUCGCCGCUACAGCAAAAAAAGUUUUUAUAUUAAAGAAAAACGCGAUCAAACUACAACGAGUCUGGAGCAACUUGAGAUUUGACAGAAGCAAAUCCCCAUCAUUGCCACACACGGAUUAAAGGUGGAGCGGGGGAGUUGGACUGUGUACAACUUUAAAAGCCCUCAUAUUUCAAUAAGUGCCUGGGAAGUUUGAGCAAGUUUGACGUCCGGUCUGAAGCAUGUGAAAGGUUUCAUUCCGGGAGAGGCGGAGGGCUCAGCCGGGUUCAGGAGGUUGCCGGGAUUUGGCUUGACCCUGUCCUCUGGUGCACCGGGGGCUGAGAUCCCCGUUAUCCUCGCAGUCACCCGCCGUCACCCGCCGCCUCCCCUGGUCUGGGGACUGAAGGGGCUUUCGCCGCCACCUACCACCCAAACACCUCGCCCUCCACCAAGAGCAGAGGCUUUGUGGAUGCAGACGGGAUCUACCUGGGAGAAAGGGAAGGCUUUUCUUUCCGACCUGCAGUUUGACAAUGUGGUGGAAGCCGGUGCCGGAGACCUGCCUUCUGGUGGCUUUUUUACUUCUGAACAGGGCAGCGACGCGAGCACAAGAUGAUGUCCCGCCUUAUUUUAAAACCGAACCCAUUCGAUCACAGAUCCACUUGGAGGGCAACCGCCUGGUCCUGACAUGUAUGGCAGAAGGGAGCUGGCCUUUGGAAUUCAAAUGGUUAUACAACAAUACAGAGCUGACUCACUUCUCUCUUGAGUACAGGUACCUGAUUCCAUCAUUGGAUCGAUCCCAUGCUGGUUUCUACCGUUGCAUAGUGCGGAAUCGGCUUGGAGCACUGAUGCAGAGGAGGACAGAAGUCCAGGUGGCAUAUAUGGCAAACUUCGAGAGUGGUGAAAAGUAUCUCAGUGUCUCCCAGGGAAAUGCUGCAGUUGUCAGGGCACCAAGAAUUUCUACGUUCCCGCGUCCCCAAGUCACAUGGUUCAGAGAUGGCCGGAAAAUCUCACCUAGCGGUCGCAUAGCUAUUACGAUGGAAAACACACUUGUCAUCUUGUCAACAGUGGCUCCUGACACAGGAAGAUACUAUGUUCAGGCAGUAAAUGACAAAAAUGGAGAAAACAAAACCAGCCAGCCCAUUACCUUGACUGUGGAAACACAUGAAGGUAAAAGGACAUCUGCUGAUACAGGUGCUCCGGCAGAUCCUAUAGCUCCAGUUAUAAUUAUCCCGCCAAAAAAUACAAGUGUAAUCUUCGGGUUCCCUGAGGUUACAAUGGAAUGUGUGGCCAAUGCCAGGCCACUAAUUAAACUAAAUAUCAUCUGGAAGAAAGAUGGGGUUCCAUUCAGAAGUGGGUUCAGUGAUUUCCACCGGAAACUGACUAUCCUAAAUCCGAAAAUGCGUGAUGCUGGGUACUAUGAAUGCGAAGCUGUUCUCCGAAGUAGCAGUGUUCCAUCAGUUAGCGCAGGGGCCUUCUUGUCAGUUUUGGAGCCUCCACGCCUAAUCCUGGAACCAGAGCGUCACAUGACAGCCGAGAUAGAGAAAGUAGUGGAUAUUCCGUGUCAGGCUCAAGGCGUCCCAUUGCCAGUGAUAUACUGGUAUAAAGAUGCAACACUGAUCACAAGGUUAAAUGUGCCCAGAUAUAAGGUGCUGUCCAAUGGCAGCCUGCAGAUCAGUGGACUGAUGCCUGAUGACACGGGCAUGUUCCAAUGCUUCGCUAGAAACGAUGCUGGUGAGGUGCAAACUUUCACCUAUCUUGCUGUUACCAGCAUUUCUCCUAACAUUACUAAGGGACCAUCAGACAGCACAGUGAUUGAUGGAUUAUCAGUCAUUCUUUCUUGUGAAACAUCAGGGGCACCACGGCCAGCAAUCACCUGGCAAAGAGGAGAAAAAGUACUUGCCAGUGGGUCUGUCCAGUUACCUCGCUUCACACUACUGGAAUCUGGCAGCCUUCUUAUCAGCCCUUCCCACAUCUCAGAUGCUGGGAGUUACACAUGUCUGGCGAUCAAUUCUCGAGGAGUUGAUGAGGCUUCUGGAGAUCUCAUUGUGUGGGCUCGCACUCGUAUCACAAAUCCCCCCCAGGAACAAAGUGUAAUCAAAGGAACGAUGGCAGUCCUAACCUGUGGUGUGACCCAUGACCCCAAUGUUGUAAUCAGACACGUGUGGCAAAAAGAUGGGGCUAUAAUUGAUGUGAAUGCCAUCCCACGUAUGAGAGUUGAUGAAACAGGAACAUUGUAUAUCUCUCAGACCUGGUCAGGAGAUAUUGGAUUGUACACCUGCAAAGUGCUAUCAGUUGGAGGAAAUGACUCUCGCAGUGCUCAGGUCAGAGUCAGGCAGCUCCCACAUGCUCCUGAAAAUUUGGCUGCCCAGCUGAGCACCAGUGAAAAGAGAGCCAUUUCCCUGACUUGGUCAAAAGCAUUUGAUGGCAAUAGCCCCUUGCUUCACUACAUUUUGGAAGUGUCUGAAAACAAUUCACCUUGGACUGUUCAGCUGAUGAAUGUUAACCCGGAGUCAGUGGGCCUGAUGGUCAGGGGACUCAUUCCAGCCAGGUCUUAUCAGUUCCGUAUCUGCGCUGUGAAUGAUGUUGGAAAGGGCCAAUACAGCAGAGAGACUGAGAGGUUGUCACUACCUGAAGAACCACCAAGUGCAUCCCCACAAAAUGUCAUUGCAAGUGGCCGAACCAAUCAAUCGAUCAUGAUUCAAUGGCAGCCGCCCCCAGAAAACCAUCAGAAUGGAGCUUUGAAAGGUUACAUUAUCAGAUAUUGUUUGGCAGGUUUACCAGUGGAGCAUCAGUAUAAAAAUAUCAGUAGUCCUGAUGUUAAUAAUUUUUUACUGGAAGACCUCAUCAUUUGGACCAAUUAUGAGAUCGCUGUUGCAUCAUAUAAUGGGGCUGGACUGGGAAUUUACAGCGCGACUGUUACUGAAUGGACCCUUCAAGGAGUUCCUACAGUGCCCCCUGGAAAUGUGCAUACUGAAGCCAUUAAUUCCACAACCAUUCGAUUCACAUGGACACCACCCAGUCCUCAGUUUAUUAAUGGAAUUAACCAAGGUUACAAGCUGUUGGCUUGGGAGCCUGGUAAGAGUGAAGAUUUCACAAUGGUAACAGUCCAGCCAAAUUUCCAGGAUAUGGUCCAUGUUGGGUACAUCCGAGGCUUGAAGAAAUUUACAGAAUAUUACACUUCAGUGCUGUGUUUCACUACACCAGGUGAUGGCCCCAGGAGUCCAGCUCAUCUUCUACGUACACAUGAAGAUUACCCUGGCCCAAUUGGACAUCUGAGUUUCACAGAGAUCCUGGACACCUCUCUGAAAGUCAGCUGGAGAGAGCCGCAUGAAAAAAAUGGGAUCCUCACAGGUUACCGCAUUUCAUGGGAAGAAUAUAAUCGCACUAACACACGAGUGACCCACUACUUGCCUAAUGUGACAUUAGAGUACCGUGUUACUGGACUGACUGCCCUCACCACAUAUACCAUUGAAGUAGCAGCUAUGACAUCUAAGGGACAGGGCCAGACCUCCUCAUCCACCAUUUCUUCGGGAGUUCCGCCAGAAUUACCUGGGUCUCCCACAAAUAUAGCCAUCUCAAAUAUUGGUCCUCGCACAGUAACUCUUCAGUUUAGACCUGGCUAUGACGGUAAAACCUCCAUUUCCCGCUGGCUUGUGGAAGCUCAGGUUGGUGUAGUAGGUGAUCAUGAAGAGUGGCUUCUUGUUCAUCAGCUGGCCAAUGAGCCUGAUGCUCGAUCACUGGUGGUUCCCAACCUCAAUCCAUUCACACAUUACAGGUUUCGUAUGCGACAAGUCAACAUUGUUGGAACGAGUUUGCCAAGUCAGUUAUCGCGCAAAAUUCAAACUCUCCAGGCCCCACCUGACAUGGCACCUGCCAAUGUGACCCUGCGAACAGCAAGUGAGACAAGCCUCUGGCUCCGCUGGGUGCCAUUGCCCGAGUCAGAGUAUAAUGGGAAUCCAGAAUCUGUUGGAUAUAAAAUAAAAUACGGGAAGUCAGAUGGAAAUGGAUCCACUCUCUCACACAUUAUCCAGGACCGGAUUGAACGGGAAUUCACUAUCGAGGAUCUGGAGGAGUGGACUGAAUACAGAGUACAAGUUCAAGCAUUUAACGCUAUUGGUUCUGGGCCAUGGAGUCCAGAAGUCAGAGGUCGCACAAGAGAGUCAGUUCCUUCAUCUGGACCAACAAAUGUUUCGUCUCUUGCUCUUAAUUCAAAUAGUAUCCUCGUCAGAUGGAGUGAUGUUCCACAACAAGAUCGCAAUGGGCUCAUCCUUGGCUAUAAGGUCUUGUACAAGGAAAAAGACUUGGAUACUCCUAUGCAGAUUCAGACCAUUGAAAGCAACACCACGCACGCUGUACAACUUAUUAAGUUAGGGAAGUAUGUGUUGUAUGAGAUCCAAGUCCUUGCUUUUACCAGAAUUGGAGAUGGAAUACCAAGCUUCCCACCCAUUCUUGAGAGAACUCUGGAUGAUGUGCCUGGACCUCCUGUAGGAAUCCUGUUUCCAGAAGUUCGAACUACAUCUGUGCGUCUAGUCUGGCAGCCUCCUGUAGAACCCAAUGGGAUCAUUCUUGCUUACCAAAUAACAUAUCGACUAAACACCAGCCACACAAACACUGCCACAGUGGACGUGUUGAACCCAAGUACCCGACAAUAUACAGCAACUGGGCUAAAACCAGAAUGCAGUUAUGUCUUCCGCAUUACGGCUCAGACGCGCAAAGGGUGGGGUGAAGCAGCAGAAGCUUUGGUGGUAACAACAGAAAAGAGAGUUCGUCCACAGCCUCCCAGCAAACCUGUCAUACGACAGCAAGAUGUGCAGUCACGCAAUGUGCUGUUGUCCUGGGAACCGGGUAGUGAUGGACUGUCUCCAGUUAGGUACUACACAAUCCAAACUCUAGAGCUACCAAACGGAAACUGGUCACUCCACUCAGCUUCUGUGAGCCACGACUCUACGACAUAUCUUGUAGACAAGCUAAACCCCUUCACCUCAUACAAAUUCCGUGUGAAAGCAACUAAUGACAUCGGAGACAGCAAGUAUAGUGAGGAAUCUGACUCUGUCACAACACUGCAGGCUGCACCAGAUGAGGCUCCAGAAAUUCUUUCUGUCACACCACAUACCACAACCUCGGUAAUGAUUCGUUGGCAGCCUCCUGCCGAAGAGAAAAUUAAUGGAAUCCUUUUAGGGUAUCAGAUUCGCUACCGAGAAUUAGUUUAUGAUAGUCACAAAAGCUUUACACUUCACACUGUGAACAAUCCCAAUGCUAAAUGGUCUGAACUCACAUCUGUGUAUAAUGUUCGGAACCUUAGUGACUCCACCCUAGCGCAAUAUGAGCUGGACAAUCUGAGCAAGCACAGGCGAUAUGAAAUCAGAAUGAGUGUCUACAAUGCAGUCGGCGAGGGUCCUACCAGUUCACCUCAAGAAGUAUUCGUAGGUGAAGCAGUCCCCACUGCACCAUCUCAAAAUGUUCAGGUGCAAAGCUCAACAGCAACACAGUUGGACCUGACUUGGGACCCUCCUCCACCUGAAGCACAGAAUGGAGAUAUACAAGGAUAUAAGAUUUACUACUGGGAAUUUCAGCGACAAAAUGAGACAGAAAAACUGAAGACCCUUUUCCUUCCUGAAACCAAUGUGAAGCUCAAGAAUCUAACAGGAUACACUACCUACCUGAUCAGUGUGAGUGCAUUUAAUGCCGCUGGUGAUGGUCCUAGAAGUAUACCAAUUAGGAGCCGGACACAACAGGCAGCUCCAAGCUCUCCAAGUUAUAUUCGAUUCAGUGAACUGACAACAACCUCCGUGAAUGUGUCUUGGGGAGCCCCAAAGUAUCCAAACGGAAUAAUUGAAGGAUAUCGACUAGUUUAUGAGCCUUGCACUCCUGUUGAUGGUGUCAGUAAGAUUGUAACUGUGGACGUGAAGGGAAAUAGUCCUCGAUGGAUGAAAAUUAAAGACCUGUCAGAUGGUGUGACUUACACUUACCGAAUUCAAGCAAAAACAUAUACCUACGGACCAGAAAUUGAGGCAAAUAUCACCACUGGACCAGGAGAAGGUGCUCCUGGUCCCCCAGGUGAGCCAUUGAUCUACAGGUAUGGAUCAGCCAUAACUAUUCAUUGGUCCAGUGGAGAUGCCGGCAACGCACCAAUUAGCCGAUAUGUUAUUGAGGCGAGGCCAUCAGAUGAAGGAUUGUGGGACAUUCUAAUCAAGGAUGUUCCAAAGGAAGUAACCUCAUAUACAUUUGGCAUGGAUAUCUUGAAACAGGGUGUAAGUUAUGAUUUCCGAGUGAUUGCAGUGAAUGAUUAUGGAUAUGGAACACCCAGCUCGCCUUCUCCAUCUGUAUCAGCCCAGAACUCAGCCCCAUUUUACGAGGAAUGGUGGUUCUUGGUGGUUAUUGCCUUAGUUGGACUCAUCUUUAUCCUUCUCUUGGUGUUUGUGCUAAUAAUCCGUGGACAAAGCAAAAAAUACACAAAAAAAGCAGAUUCUGGAAACAACACAAAGACUAGUGCCUUGGCUCAUGAAGAGAUCAUGAGCCUAGACAAUGGACGGUUUCCAGCACUGGAACUCAACAACAGACGACUUUCAGUGAAGAAUUCCUUCUGUAGAAAGAAUGGCAUCUACAACAGGUCUCCACCACGGCCAAGUCCCGGUAGCCUCCAUUAUUCAGACGAGGAUGUCAGCACAAAAUAUAAUGACCUAAUCCCAGCUGAGAGCAGCAGUUUGACCGAGAAACCCUCCCUAUCAGACUCUCAGGGAAGUGACAGCGAAUGUGAAGUUGAUCAAAACAGACCGAAGACACAUUCUUUUGUUAAUCACUACAUAAGUGAUCCUACAUAUUACAACUCAUGGCGAAGGCAGCAGAAAGGCAUCUCAAGAAUUCAGGCUUACAAUUACACAGAAAGUAAAUCAGGUGAUCCAGUUCAUAAUCACCAACCUUCCACUAAUUCGACCAGCAGCAUCCAUGCGCCUCAGGCCACACAGCAAGGCAGCCUCUACCGAGCUAAACGGAGUCUAACACCCACACCCCAACUUCCUUCCAAUAAUACCAGCCAGUCAAGCACCCUGUAUCGGCCUGCUAGCAGCCUCGCUCCAGGAUCCAGAACCCCACUAGCAGGAUUUUCUUCUUUUGUUUAAACUAUGCUGAAAGGUAUUUUCUUCUUAGUUCUGAAGUAUUAUUGUGUGGAAGACAAUCACAAAUCUGCUAUUUACAAACAUGCAGAUUUUAUUUAUUGGAAAAAACACAACAGAAAGGGGUAAAAACCAUCAGACCAUCCUGUACAACAUCCUGUCAUGGUCUGAAGAGAAAGAGGUCUCCAGCAACUAUAAAAGAAUGGAGGGGCAGACAGUUUGCCACAAAGAAUUAGUUUUGCUAUCUAAUGGGCUUCAUUCUGAUCAGCUGAGUGGUGUAUGAAUUUCACGUAUGUCUAUAAACAUUGGAGAAAAACAUUACUUGAUGCCAUUGUAGCCAAUUGGCCAAAUCAAAAAAUCUGAGGGCUGUUGUUGUGCCCAUUAUAUAUAAAAUGAACAGUUCUAAUUUAGUUGCUAUCCUUGUUAUUUGCAACUAUUUUUAUUGACUAGUUUUCACUUUAUUACCGCUGCAUGACUGUUACAGUGUGACUCCUCAAUAAGCUUGAAUCAUUUAUCUGUGGAUCAAAUGCUGUAAUGCUGAUAAUUUUAACAUUUUUAAAAAAAAACUUUUCAUUGGACAAAUCUUCAGAUUCAUAUCUGAUGUUUUAAAAAGUCUGCCUUUUCUUUGUCUGUUAACUCGUGAGUCGUCAUUCACAAAAUCAAAAACUGCAUGAAUCACAAGACAUUAUUGGCCAUGUCUUUGUAAAGUCCACAAUCAUUGUGCUAUAAGACCUUUUCUUAAUAGUUUCUUACAAAAUGCAAGCUUUUUCUCAAAUGUAAGGCAAGUGAUUCAGUUUGUUUCUAGCAGGAGAAAUGUCAAUGAGAUAUCUCAUCUGAAGAACCUAAUGGGUCAGGUUUGUCAGUAGAUUUUCUUUCACAGUGUAACUGUUUGCAAUGCAAAGAUUCCCCUUUUCUAAUGGCUGAAAUCUGGAACAUUUGGCUUUAGCUAGUAAACUUCUUUUUCCACUUAUUCUAUCCCUAAAUUUAGUUAUAUUGAGAACUGGUUACAAAAAUUGUAUCAAAUACAAAUUAGUUAAUUCUGACAAAUUUCUCUGACUGUGUUAAUAAAUUCAAAAAUACUUUAGGCAUACAUUUGCCAAAUCCAGUUAUCAGUCUCAUGUCAUUUUAACUUUGUAAACAGUCAAGUACAAUGGUUUCUCCUUUCAAUUUGAUUUCUUCUGCACGGAGAUGUCACUGCAGUUACAAAGAAUGACAGAGUAAUACCAUGUAGAGCCAUUGUAGUAGAUGUGCAUAGCGGCAGAGUAGCAUUACAUGGAGAAAUGAUGAUUGCUAUGGUGAACAACAUUUAAUUACAUCUAAUGACGAACAAUAAAAUAGGAGUGACACAUAUUCUUGUAUCUGUAACAUAAAACGUCAUUACUGAAAGAGUCACUAGCAGUCACCAUUUAUGUUUCUCAGAACAGUUCUUAGCAAAAUUGGCAAGUUGGUGCAACAAGGAAAACAACUGAACCCUUGGGGAAAAAUAAUUUAUAUAGGUCACAUUAUGGACUUUCAAAAAGUAAUGCAUGUUUCCCCAAAUCAGUUUUAUGUUCCUUAUUCUUUCUGCUCUACAGACAGUUGUAAAAAUAUGAUUCACCACAGCAGUGAUUUUAAUCUGACUAUAAUGAUUAGAUACAUUGUGAUUCUUUUAUCAAUGAAGAAAAUUGGAUGCUCUGUUAUCUACAGUUCACCUCCAAAUUUAGAUUCAAGUUGAUUUGCAAUGUCAGAGGAGUAUGUAUCUUUGAAUACCAAUUGAGUGUUCUUUAGCGUGGUAUAUUCUGAUGUGAUGGUGGAUUCUGGCCUUCAGGUCAGUGUGCGUAUAGUCAUUUGUAUCAAAUAUUGAUGUUUAUUAUGAAAAGAAAACAGGAAAAUUUAAUGAUAGUUCUAACAUAUCCAUAUGGAAAACAUCAUGAUGUGAUCCUGGCCCACUAGGAUCAUUUCUAAGUACUAGUAUUUUGUUUCUGUAAAAUAAUAACAGAAAUAUAGCAAAUCCUAUACGAGUUGGUGGCAGAUCAUAUUAGUGCAGCAAUAGUGCAUAAUUAAAUAAAUAAAUACACAAAUUAUGAAACUUACUUUGGGACCAUAUCUCUCACAUCAUUGGUCACCAUCAGCCUCCAAAUUAAAUGUCUAAUUAAGAUGCCAAUCUGUAUCAGGAACACAUAACUCUAAUCAAUAUUUUAAAUUGAUACCAAAGCUGGGAAUUUUGCAGACCCAUAAGGAAUGUAAUUAUUGAAUUAGUGGCAGUGGAUAUUCCAUACUGAAGCAACACUUGUUGUCUGAUGAAAACAGAAUUACAUCUUUAAAAUAAUUGUGGUUUUAAAAUUAAUGAGUCAAUGUAAUAAUAUGUCCCUGAUGAAAUAGAUUCUCCUGGUAGCAACCAAGAGUUUACAACAUAGAGUUGAAAGGAAGCUAUCUAGGUAAAUAUAAUAUUAGCUUUUAAAUUCAAAGUCAAUCUUUUGCAAUAUUUGAGGUUUUGUUUCAGUCAGUUUUUUUUAAGUUAUAUCACAACUGGCAUAAGUUUGCAAGGAAGCAACAAAAUAUUUAGGUAUAGAAAUACAUAUUUAUGUUACAUAUAUAGAAACCCAUUAUGCAUAUAUUUAUCUUUCCUAUUUCAUAAUUAUCAUAAAAAUAAUUUCCAAUGACAAUUGUCGUUUUCUAAGAAAUACUAGGGUCACUGGCCACAAUUCGCAAUGCAAGAAUACACAAAGAUUAAAAAGAAAAUGGGAAAAAACAAAGCAAUAGAUUGGCAGAAUGAAGAGAGGCUGACAGAGAUAUGUUUUCCAUGGUUUUGAGAUGCUGAAGAGACUGAGUUAGGUAAAGGAGUAGAUCAUGGGAUUAGUCCUUAAAUAACAAAGGACCAGCUUGCAUUCAUGACCAUUGGAACUGUCCACAGAAGAAGUGUGAGCCUUUGAAUGUCAAUUUGAAUGCUAUAAGUCAUGUUCAACACAGUGCUGUCUACAGGAAAUAUGUGGUAAUGUCUCUUCAACUAAUUAGAUUGAAGAAUCCUCAUUGAGCCAAGCAAAAUAUAAACUUGUAAGUAUAUUAUUAAAAUAUGUAAUUCAAUCUAAAAUAAUGUCUAGAAAAUAAAGUGAGGUAAAGAAUUGCACUGAGGGAAAUAAGAGACAAAGAGAACGUAAAAAGGUGACUUUUUAAAAUUCCUUUAUGGAGUGUGGGAUAGCUGGCUUGGCCAGCAUUAAUUGCCAUCCCUAAUUGUCCUGAGGACAAUUAAGAAUCAACCACAUUGCGGUGGGUCUGAUGUUACAUGUAGAUCAUACCAGGUAAGGAUGGCAAAUUUCCUUCCCAAAGGACUGAGGAAAACAAAUGUGUUUUAUGACAAUCAACAGUGAUUACAUGGCCCCAUUAGAUUUGCUUUUUAUUCUAGAUUUUCAUUGAAUUUUAACUUCACAUUCUGCAAUGGUGGAGUUCAAAGCUAUGUCCACAGAACAAUAGCCCAUGCUUGUGAAUUACUAGUCCAGUGGCAUUAUCAAUAAGCCACCACCUCCUCCCUCAUUAUAAUUAAAAUCUGAGGGAAUAUGGCUGUACAUCUAUAAAAGUUAAUUUCGAGAGGUCAUAUUGCAAAAUUAAGGUUUAUCACAUUAUUAAAAAUUUAUUUCAUUUCAACUGAAUUCACAGGCCUUAUUUUUUUCUGUCAUGCUUGGUACUUAGCCAAUUGAUUAGCACAUCAAAUUCACACCUUCAUUUUUGCUGAAUCUCUUGGCAAAAUACAAAUAUGGUGUGAUUUGCUUAUGAGCAGGGCAACUCAGACAGCAGCUUCAUUAUUUUCGCACUAAUGCAGAUGACAAAAGUUUCAGUCCAAUUUACUCAUGAUGAUGCGAAUUGUUACAUUUAUUACUAUGCUCAAUACAAAAUACAGGCAAUUCUAUCUAAAUUCUAAUGUGUAAUGCACAAGAUUACCUUGGCCUGAAUUCACUGUUCUUGGGAGGUGUAAGUUUAUUCAGAUUAAGCUUUGAAUAUGGUACUAAAGUUUUAAUCUGAUAGUAGUGCUUGUUACAGUACCCUUUUUGCAGUGAGUAAAUUUCUUCAAAGUGACCACUCAACUCAGAAUCUGUCAUAUUUGAUAAUGGCAUAAAUUGGGGAUAGUUUUUAAUACAUAUUGGUCAAAUAUAGUGUGUGCACUGGUGUAUGCUUACAGUUUAAACAAGAACUGACAUUGGAGGAUGUCUAGUUGUUUAAAUUCAUGAUCACUGUAGUUUUGAGUGGGAUCUGAAUUAUGCUAGUUGAGUUACCUCCCUGAUCAGUAUCUUGAUAACUUCAACAUCAAUGUACAGGAAUUCCAGUCGAGCUUUUCAAUAUUUUUAACAAUGCAGCAACUUCCUGCAGAAAAACAAGUCCCAAUUAGAAUGAAAAUAAGACUGAAGCAUUGAAUGUGAGGCUCGCAGUUCUGCUAACUAGAAUAUGGUGUGCUGAUGGUCUAUAUAGACAAAAUACUACUGUGUUUCUGCUGAGUUAGUUGGUUUCAAGUGGAGCAACAGCAGGACACCAUAACUGGUCUAAAUGCUCCAGCGCACAGAAAAAUCAAGCACGGUUACAAUUACUAAUCCCUAUUCUAACUUCCACUGGAAAAUAUGCAUAUUUGGAUGAUUUUACUGGAAAUAUAGAUGAAUAAUUGACAAAAUACUCUCAAUCACUAUUUUACAACGUGAAAAAAUACCUAGAUCAAUGAAAAAAAACCUCUCUAUAUUUAGGAUAUUCUUCUUGUUCCUCCCUGUUAAAAUGGAAAUUUCAGUCAUUAAAAUGUGAUACAAUAUAUUAUCACAGUGAUCUGUGUAAGUGUGAAUAUUGUCAUAAAUUAAUCAGUUAUGACACAUUGACAAUUGAUAUUUACAUUAUUCAGUUCUCCUAUUCUCCUGCCACUUAUAAUGUAUACACAUACAUUGUAAAGCAGUAUUCACAGAAAAAGUUACAAACUAUUUUGAGGAGACUUUAAAUAAUUAAUGUAAUGUCAGAGUUCACUUGAAAGUUUAUAAUAGGACAGAUUUUGUUCUUGCAGGUUAUGACAUCGUUUGCUUCAUCGUUGUAAACUUACUUCACAAACACAAAAUAAAAGCAUGUAGUUAUGUUUAUUGCGAACAAAGAAUAGAUGCAAGCUGGUGUCUUGCUUCAAUCAGAUCCAGUGUAAAUUUAGUCAGUCACUAGCUUACAAAAUGAAAAUUGUAUCUUUGGAGGAAUUUUCCCAUUCUGUUAAAAAAAAAGGGCAAGCAUGUUUGGUGACAAUUCAUCCACCAACCCCAGUGCUGAGGGAACUUAUCCAAUCACUCACCGAUCAGUUCAAUAAGCACUGACAGGAGAGCAUGGAUAAGUUUUUCAAUGAAUCACAAGCUUCGACACUGGUAUCCCAGGUCACCAGAAACUACCAGCCAGUUAAAGGCCAGUAGCUUCUGGGUCGGAAAGUCUGCAGGUCAAGGUCACUCCUCAUUGGAUUCAGUGAUGAGAAAGUAAACACUUUUUGAACUCCUCAUGGAGCCAGAGGCAAAGACACGUGGGUGGCUUUCAGACAUCAUUUCCUUGACCCCACCUUCCAUGACUCUGAUUGCCCCCACCCCAGCAGUCAGGUCACCUGAUUUCCAAGUUAGGAAACUGGCUGCCUGUUUCACCCACCAGUGAGACAGAUGUUUGGUUAUCAGCUAAUUGAGGCAUUUAAAAUAGCCAUUAUUUGAGCACUUAAGGCCCUUAAUUGGUGACAAGUGGAGCUUCUUGUCCAAAACAUAAUUAGUGAGAUGGUGGUGAGUUUCUCUUUCAAAAAGAUUAUUAUUUCCCCUUCCUGCCAUUCUCACAGAAUAGGGAAAUUGAAUUCCUGUAUUUCACUUUGUAUAUUAUCUAGCCAUAAAGUAGACCUCAAAUUAAAUUUUAAAAACUGCCUAAAGAUAUGCACGGGCCAGCAAAACAUAGUAUGUGGCGAAUGUUGAGGCACCUGUAGCAUAGCAUCCUUACCACUGAGCCAGCAGAUCCGGGUUUAAGUCCAGCCUAUCCAGAGAUGUCAUAACACAUCUGAACAAGUUGGUUAAUAAAUAUCUAUGCUGAGUGUAAAAUUGAACCACCAAUCAGUUUACAUUGUUACCGUUUCAGUCAAUUACUUUCUGGAGAUGGUGGAAGACUGGAAGCGAGACACAAUGUGCUCUUAAGAUCAUUGUUGAACCUUGAAAAACUUUUUUUAUUUUGAAUACUGUAUUACUUAAUCAGCACACUGACAGAAAGUAUUCUUAAGAAUUUGAAAACUACAGUUGUUGUCUCAAUUGUUUGCAAAUGGUGUUACACAUAGAAUGGUGAGAUUUUUUAAAAUCAAAAUUCUGUUUCUCACAAGUGACUUCUAGUGAGUCAGAAAAUCACCAAAGUGCUGUAUUUUAGUAGGUUUUGUUUUAGAAGUAACGACUUGUAUUUACAUAACAAUUCUAUGAUAACAAAAUACUUAAAAGAUGCAUCACGUGAAUAUUAUAAAAACAAAAUGUAACAUUAAGCCACAUUGGGAGAAUUGGGGUAAUUGACUAAAUGCUUGAUCAAAUAAGUGGGUUUUGAAUAGUGUCUUAAAGGAAAAAUUGAAUUAGAGAGCAGAAGCUUUUAGGCAGAAAAAUCCUGAGCUUUGACAAAUCAGGAUUGACCCAGCAGAGUAGAACUGGGAUCUGGCAAUUUUUUAAAAAUUCACUGUACAAACACGGUUUGGAAAAGUGCACUUUUCUUUAUCUCCAGGAUCUGUAUUUGAUUUCACACCAUGCCAAUACAUGGAACUUCACCUUCUACAAAGUCUUUAAUUAACCUAUUACUGGUAAGAUUUUAGUUGGUGAAAAUUGACUCUUUAUUAAAGACAGCGUAAUAAUAGUAAAAAAUGGUAUUAUUCACAUGAUUGUAGCAGUGAUGCACUUCUGAGAUUCACGUUACAUAAGAUGUGACAGCAGUCAUCUUUAUAUCACAUUCGGUGCAGACAAUGGGCUAAUCGAAAUGCUUCAUUCAACAAUCUUUUAACCAAUGUUACAAAAUAGCCAGAUGGUGGGCAAAACACAUGUAUCUCUUGUCAUAAUUGCUGCUAUAAGACCUAAGCAACUUUGAUGGUCAGGUCUUACAACUAUAGGGUUGCUGUGUCAAACCAGCUGCCUCCUGACUCCAUUAAAAGAAAGGAUGUCAGUGCAUUUAAUAAAUAACUCCCAGCAAUUAGUAUGAGAUCCAAUGGUUGGGUUGAUCAAUACUUUAUUUGAUUCACUUCAAUAUUAAAAUUACAGAACGUCCAAUAUAUAUUUUGGAACCUCUUCAUUUAUUCCAUUCCAUCAAUGUUGCCAUCCUUUGGGGGUCCCAGUUGUGGAGCAAAUGCCAGCAUCCUUACCCCGGUCCAGGAGGCCCAUCCUUUCCAAAGAUGUGUAAUAAUAUGGCAGAAUAGGUUGAUUAGAAAAAUUAGUUAAUAAAUUUGGCCUCCUAUCUUAGAGUGAUACUCUAGCCACCUAUCUCAAUUCCCCUAAUAAGAUAAUUGUGACCAGAUUAUUAACUGACUGGGGUGCCAUAUACCAGCAAUUAGUGUUAUAUUACAAUAGGUGGUUACAGUUAAAAGGAAACCAAAAUAUGUGAAUUUGGAAGUGUUUCUUUCCUUGCACUUCACAAUCCUAAAUUAAUUGUAUUGUCUACUCUUUCACCUUGGAGCCUGCAUUUGUAGAAGAAAGAACAAACUUUAUAAAGCUUUUUUAAAGAAGUGUUCUUUCACCUUUAGAACUUAGGUUUUAGUCACCGAGAGGGUGUAAUAAAAAUGUAUUUUUGUCUGGCUGCCAAAAUUCCACCGUAGAACCUAAUACUACCAACAAGAAAUUUAAAGAAAUAAAAUCCCUGGGUGUAAAUAGUGGCCAAAAGGGGAAUAGCAACUGCAAAUGUUAACCAGUCAUUUUUAAUGAUAUUUGUGAUCUUUAUAUAAAAAAGUGUUUCUAUAUAUUUUCUUAAAAUUUCUGAAAUGGUACUAUUGUUUUUAAUCCUGUGUAAUUCAAAAUCAUGAAGAAAAAUGCUUUAUUUUAGAAAUCAAUAUUUAGAAGUAGCAGCUAUUUCACUCUUCAGUUUUAAGGAAGUACAAUAAAUGGCAGAUAUGUCAAUAUGAUAGGUCCAAACUGAGGGAUGUUCAUCUACAUAUUAUUUCAUCUUCAUCUGGUAAAUCUGACUUUUUAUCAGUCUGUAAAAUGUUAACAAAGAAAACUGCCCCCAGUUAUGCCUAUGUUCACUUUAUGUUAUAAUGCUGAGUCCAAAGAUCAAAACCGGUUUUAUGGAAAUUAACACCAUUCACAUGCUGUGACAUUUUCUGCUGUGUGAUGGAAAUCCUGCUAUGAAAUGUGGACUUAAAAUAUUGCUUUAUUCUUUUUCAUUAUCAGUUAAAAGUGUGAAAUUUCGCAAUUAUGUUUGUUUUAAAGAUCUGUGUAUUUGCAUCAUUCUUUUAGUGGUUUAAGCUCUUUAUAGAUAAUAUUUUGCCAAAGUCAUGCCAAAUUGUGCUGUCUAUAAAAAUGUUAUUGUUUCAUUCGUGUUUCUCUGUACACAGUACUUUGCUGUUGUGAUUUUUUUCUGAUAUGCCUUGUUCAUGAUGUUUGAAUACAUUAGUUUUGUCUUUGUUUCCCUGCUCCCUGAUGUUUGGCUUUAUUAUAAAUCUCAGGUUAAUGCAGAUAUUUAUCAAUACAUUGAACAAUUUUUACACCAUAUACGGUCAUAGAAAAUUGAGAUAUAUUUUGAGGCUAAUAUUUCAAAUAAUGCUUCAAGGAAAGACAUACAUAUUUGUUUAUUUUUCCUGAAUAAUUAUUCCUUUGAGGAAAUAUUAGGGCAUGAAAAGAGUGUUUUCUGUAUGAUAUGUUGGCAAGAAUCAACACAAUCUGCAGUGAGGUCUGAAUAAAUUCACCAUUGCUCUGCUGACCUUCUUUUCCAUAUAAUGUUGGUGAUUCUGUCGAGUUGAUGAACAGAGUACAUUACAGCGCAGGACAGGCCAGUAAGAUUAGAUUAGAUUAGAUUCCCUACAGUGUAGAAACAGGCCCGUGAAGCAUCCCAGCCAGACCCACCCCCCUAUAACCCACACACCCCUGAACACUAUGGGCAAUUUAGCAUGACCAAUCCACCUAGCCUGCACAUCCUUGGACUGUGGGAGGAAACCAGAGCACCUGGAGGAAACCCACGCAGACACGGGGAGAAUGUGCAAACUCCACACAAGCAGUCACCUGAGGCUGAAAUUGAACCCGGGUCCUUGGCGCUGUGAGGCUGCAGUGCUAACCACUGAGCCACCGUGCUGCCCCAUAAGGGUUCUGAUAUAUGUCAUUACAAGGUUUGUGGUCAUUUUCAGUUUUAUAUGUGGCCAAGAAGAACAUAAUUUCUAUUCUCAUUAAGCAGAGAGCUGAAUAAGAUGACAUCUAUGACACAAAUACAACGGACAUUUAAGGACAUAACAGCUAGGAGCAGGUGUAGACAAUUCAGCUCCUUCAUUCUGCUCUGCCAUGUGAUACAAUGAUGGCUGAUCUCAUCUCAUCCUCAGUUCCACUCUUCUGCCUGUUUUCCAUAACACUUCAACUCAUUGGUAAUUAAGAAUCUGUCCAUCUCCUUCUGUCUAUUAUCCAGUUUCAAUUGAAUUGCCAAACCUCUGACAAGAACUAUACUUAAAAAAUUAGCAUUCACAUCUUGCAUGGAUCACAAGAUGGAAAGCAUUUGACAUUUUUUUUAUGAGAAGUGGGGAAAUAACAAAUAUUUCAUAAACUAAGCAACCUGCUUCAGUUUAUCGUGUAGUUAGUUUGGUCCAAUUUCAUUGAAAUUUACAUUGAGAUACACGUGAGAUUUCAGUUAAAUCUGAGCAGUUUAUACAUGCAGCAUUUACAGAAUUUUAUUUGUACACCAAAUAACAUUUCCUAUUUGCUGAAGUUAAAUUUAUGGAAUUAAAAAUGUCAUGUAUAAGCUAUAACUACUCUUCCUAUGGUUUCUAACAUUCGCAAACUAUUUCAGUCAAAAGGUUUGGAGGAAUUUGUUCAUUCUUGCACCAUUAUCUUACACUUACAAAUGAAAAGAUCAGAGUUUUGCCACAUUAGUAGCAUGCCAUUAAAAUCCUCCAUCUUGGAGAAGAUUUUCUA